AUGACACUGCUGUCCGGCACAGGGGAUCAGCAUCAUCUCCCAGAAAUGACCAACAUCUCCAUGGUGACCGAAUUCCUCUUCCUGGGGUUCUCUGACAUCCAGGAGCUGCAGCUGCUCCAUGCCACUCUGUUCUUCCUUGUCUACCUAAUGGCCCUUCUGGGGAAUCUCCUCAUCGUUGCUGUCACCACCCUCGACCAGCGACUCCACACCCCCAUGUACUUCUUUCUCCAGAACUUGUCCUUCAUAGACCUCUGCUACAUUUCUACCACGGUACCCAAAUCCAUUGCCAACUCCUUGACCGGUGACAGCUCCAUCUCCUUUCUGGGUUGGGUCUCCCAGCUCUUCCUAGUGGUCUUGUUUGCCGGUUCAGAGUUUUAUGUCCUCACCGCAAUGUCUUAUGACCGCUAUGCCGCCAUCUGCUCCCCCCUCCGCUAUGAGCUCAUCAUGAACAAAACAUCCUGUAUGCGCACGGCAGCAGCAUCAUGGCUUAGUGGGGGUCUGCUUGGGGUCUUGUUUUCAGCUUCUACCUUCUCCCUGACCUUCUGUGGAUCCAAUGCCGUCCAGCAGUUCUUCUGUGAUGUCCCCCCUCUGCUGAAGAUCUCCAGCUCUGAAGUCCACAUUGCCAUUGAUGUGAGUUUGGCUGCUGGGUUCUUCUUGUCUGCUGUCUGCUUCACUUACAUCACCCACUCCUAUGUCUUGAUCUUCUCAGCCGUGCUGAGGAUGCCGUCCUCCGAGGGCCGAACCAAAGCCUUCUCCACCUGCCUGCCCCAUCUCACUGUCAUCAUCAUUUUUCUCUUCACUGGAGCAUUUGCCUAUCUCAAACCACCUGCAGCCUCGCCGUCGGCUCUGGAUCUGCUGGUUUCCAUGUUCUACACUGUGGUGCCCCCCACUGUGAACCCCCUCAUUUACAGCCUGAGGAACAGGGACCUGAAGGCUGCCCUGGGCAGGUUCCUAAGGGGAUAUUCCCCCAGCAUCCAUUCUGGGACAAAAUGUCCGUGUCCAUGCACGAAUAAUCCCCUACCACCCUUUAAAAGAGGAAUUGCCCUUAGACAUAAUGAUAUAUACCACUUACCCAGAGGCCCAAACAACAAGUCAGGAUAUUCAGGGUUUGUCAAGACCAACAGCACUACCAUCAACUCCUCCAUGCAGGAAUGUUGGGUGAAUGCAAUGCAGAUUCAUGGUGCAGGUGAAGGGUUUAAAGGAGAGGAGAGAUACUGCCUUAGCGAUGCCUUGUCUUGUCUUAUGCUGUCGAGUCGUCUCCUACCUAUCAGUGGGCACAUGUCUUCCAGAACACCCCAUUCUCCAUCUAGCUAUUUGUCCUCACUGCAAUAUCCUUUGACUACUAUGCCACCAUUCUGCUCCCCUUUGCGUUAUGAGCUCAUCAUGAACAAAACUGCCUGUGUGCGCUUAGUAGCAGCGUCAUGGCUCAAUGGGGGUCUGUUUGGAGUUAGGCUUUCAGCUUCUACAUUCUCCCUGAACCUUUAUGGGUCCAAUGCUGUCCAGCAGUUUUUCUGUGACGUCCCCCCUAUGUUGAACAUCUCCUGCCCUGAGGACCACAUUGCCAUAGAUGUGAGUGUGGUUAGUGUGAUAGUCUUAGAUGGCAUCUGUUUCUUUUUCAUCAUCUUCUCCUAUGUCCGCAUCUUCUUAGCCGUGCCGAGGAUGCUGUCCUCCGAGGGCUGGGCCUAA